AGUCUGGCCGGCUCUGUCCUCUCGUAGGCUCUGCUGUAGCUCGCAAUGUGACACCAGGACGCACACGCUCGCGCGCUCUCUCGGGCUCGCUCUCCCUCGCCCUCUCUCUGUCUCUCAUACACACGCACGCACACACCCACCUCUCCCAUAAACACACACACACACAUGCACACCCACACCCACGCGCGCCCGCACCUCCCCAAGCGCGCACACUCCCGCCCACGCCCACGCAGCGCUCCGGGGAGCCGGGUCCCCGCAAGAGCGCGAAAGGAUACGGAAAAGCCACCCGCGGGGAGCGCAGCGGCGCCCCGGGACGCGGCGCCCUCCCCGCGCGGCCACCUCGGCUCGGGCUCGGCUUGGGGGCCGCCGGCUGGCGAUGGCCCUGGAUUGCCUGCUGCUGCUCCUCCUGGCAUCCGCAGUGGCUGCGAUGGAAGAAACAUUAAUGGACACCAGGACGGCUACUGCAGAGCUGGGCUGGACAGCCAAUCCUGCAUCAGGGUGGGAAGAAGUCAGUGGCUACGAUGAAAACCUAAACACCAUCCGCACCUACCAGGUGUGCAAUGUCUUCGAGCCCAAUCAAAACAACUGGCUGCUCACCACCUUCAUCAACCGGCGGGGAGCCCAUCGCAUCUACACAGAGAUGCGCUUCACUGUGAGAGACUGCAGCAGCCUUCCCAAUGUCCCAGGUUCCUGCAAGGAGACCUUCAACUUGUAUUAUUAUGAGACUGACUCUGUCAUUGCCACCAAGAAGUCGGCCUUCUGGUCUGAGGCCCCCUACCUCAAAGUAGACACCAUUGCUGCAGAUGAGAGCUUCUCCCAAGUGGACUUUGGAGGAAGGCUGAUGAAGGUCAACACGGAAGUCAGGAGCUUUGGGCCUCUUACUCGGAAUGGUUUUUACCUCGCUUUCCAAGAUUAUGGAGCCUGCAUGUCUCUCCUUUCUGUCCGUGUCUUCUUCAAAAAAUGUCCCAGCAUUGUGCAAAAUUUUGCAGUGUUUCCAGAGACCAUGACAGGGGCAGAGAGCACAUCUCUGGUGAUUGCUCGAGGCACAUGCAUUCCCAAUGCAGAGGAAGUGGAUGUGCCUAUUAAACUCUACUGCAACGGGGAUGGGGAAUGGAUGGUACCCAUUGGACGAUGCACCUGCAAACCUGGCUAUGAGCCUGAGAACAGCGUGGCCUGCAAGGCCUGUCCUGCAGGGAUGUUCAAGGCCAGCCAGGAAGCUGAAGGCUGCUCCCACUGCCCCUCCAACAGCCGCUCCCCUUCAGAGGCAUCUCCUAUUUGUACCUGCCGGACUGGCUAUUACCGUGCGGAUUUUGACCCCCCAGAAGUGGCCUGCACUAGUGUUCCAUCUGGUCCCCGAAAUGUCAUCUCCAUUGUCAACGAGACGUCCAUCAUUCUGGAGUGGCACCCUCCAAGGGAGACAGGUGGCCGGGAUGAUGUGACCUACAACAUCAUCUGCAAAAAGUGCCGGGCGGACCGCCGGAGCUGCUCCCGCUGUGACGACAACGUGGAGUUCGUGCCCAGGCAGCUGGGCCUGACCGAGGGCCGGGUCUCCAUCAGCAGCCUGUGGGCCCACACCCCCUACACCUUUGAUAUCCAGGCCAUCAAUGGAGUCUCCAGCAAGAGUCCCUUUCCCCCACAGCACGUGUCUGUCAACAUCACCACAAAUCAAGCUGCCCCCUCCACUGUUCCCAUCAUGCACCAGGUCAGCGCCACCAUGAGGAGCAUCACCUUGUCAUGGCCACAGCCAGAGCAGCCCAAUGGCAUCAUCCUGGACUAUGAGAUUCGGUACUAUGAGAAGGAACACAAUGAGUUUAACUCCUCCAUGGCCAGGAGCCAGACCAACACGGCACGGAUCGAUGGGCUGCGGCCUGGCAUGGUGUAUGUGGUGCAGGUGCGCGCCCGCACUGUGGCAGGCUAUGGCAAGUUCAGCGGCAAGAUGUGCUUCCAAACUCUGACGGAUGAUGAUUACAAGUCAGAGCUGAGGGAGCAGCUGCCCCUGAUUGCUGGCUCAGCAGCGGCUGGAGUUGUGUUUGUCGUGUCCUUGGUGGCCAUCUCCAUCGUCUGUAGCAGGAAACGGGCUUAUAGCAAGGAGGCCGUGUACAGCGAUAAGCUUCAGCAUUACAGCACAGGCCGAGGCUCCCCAGGGAUGAAGAUCUACAUUGACCCCUUCACUUAUGAGGACCCCAAUGAAGCUGUCCGGGAGUUUGCCAAGGAGAUUGAUGUAUCUUUUGUGAAAAUUGAAGAGGUCAUCGGAGCAGGAGAGUUUGGAGAAGUGUACAAGGGACGUUUGAAACUGCCAGGCAAGAGGGAGAUCUCAGUGGCCAUCAAGACGCUGAAGGCAGGCUACUCGGAGAAGCAGCGCCGGGACUUCCUGAGCGAGGCAAGCAUCAUGGGCCAGUUCGACCACCCCAACAUCAUCCGCCUGGAGGGCGUGGUCACCAAGAGCCGGCCCGUUAUGAUCGUCACUGAGUUCAUGGAGAAUGGGGCUCUGGAUUCUUUCCUCAGGCAGAAUGACGGGCAGUUCACAGUGAUCCAGCUGGUGGGUAUGCUCAGGGGCAUUGCCGCUGGCAUGAAGUACCUGGCCGAGAUGAACUACGUGCACCGGGACCUGGCUGCUAGGAACAUUCUGGUCAACAGUAACCUGGUGUGCAAGGUGUCUGACUUUGGCCUGUCCCGCUACCUCCAGGAUGACACCUCAGACCCCACUUACACCAGCUCCUUGGGUGGAAAGAUCCCUGUGAGAUGGACGGCUCCAGAGGCCAUUGCCUACCGCAAGUUCACUUCAGCCAGCGACGUCUGGAGCUACGGGAUUGUCAUGUGGGAAGUCAUGUCAUUUGGAGAGAGACCCUACUGGGAUAUGUCCAACCAAGAUGUAAUCAAUGCCAUUGAGCAGGACUACCGGCUACCUCCACCCAUGGACUGCCCAGCUGCUCUACACCAGCUCAUGCUGGACUGUUGGCAGAAAGACCGAAACAGCCGGCCCCGCUUUGCAGAGAUUGUCAACACCCUGGACAAGAUGAUCCGGAACCCAGCAAGUCUCAAGACUAUGGCAACCAUCACCGCCGUGCCUUCCCAACCCCUGCUCGACCGCUCCAUCCCCGACUUCACAGCCUUUACCACCGUGGAUGACUGGCUCAGUGCCAUCAAAAUGGUUCAGUACAGGGACAGCUUCCUCACCGCUGGCUUUACCUCCCUCCAGCUGGUCACCCAGAUGACAUCAGAAGACCUCCUGAGAAUAGGGAUCACCUUGGCAGGCCAUCAGAAGAAGAUCCUGAACAGUAUUCAUUCUAUGAGAGUCCAGAUGAGUCAGUCACCAACGGCAAUGGCAUGAAAGCUCUCGUUUUCUUGGGGGACGAGAAGAAGAAAAAGGACCAGGGUCAAGGGGAAACCAGAGGUUGACCACUGUGGAAUGUGCUGGAGAGACCAGCUUCUCAGCUGAGAAAUGUAUUUUCAUCUGUCAAGAGUCAACUGGCCCUGUUGCUAAUAGGCAACCUCCAUUUCUCAGUGACAGAAGCAUGUCUAAGAUGUCGUGGGAGACCAAAUAUAGCAUAAUAAAAUAUAAAAAGGUGAUGUUCAACAGACGUGAAGAAAAAACAAUAUGCACCAGGGAGAAAGAGUAAAUAAACUCAGCUCCCACCCUCAGCGGGCUGGAGUUAUCCAUCCACAGGAAGAAAGGGAAGGAGGUGGAGGGAAGAAACAGAAGUAGUGUUCCAUUUUCUUCCUCACCAAUGACAUUCUUUUCUUUUCUCCUUUUGUACUCCUCCCAGAGAGCCCCCUCCCUUCUCCUACACCUGUUUCCCUUUGCUCAUGACUCCCGUAGGGAAGUUUCUUCAAACGAAACCCAGCUCCUGAGUCUCCAGAUGUUGUUCUGUCAGUUGCCAAAGGACUUUGCUGACCACUGCAUGGGGAUCCAACCAAUUCAAUUAAUGUCUUCAUAUUGAAGAAAAGCUGUACCUUCAAUUGAAAACCUUGUUUUUCUUUUGUUUGCAUUUUCUGCAAAAAGGAAAAAGAAACCACAAAUUGGGG